GGCAAACGUAGAAGAAACGUUCUUGCGCAGUACAAAAGAAGUGUGUUGUGAUAUACGUUAUUAUAACGACAAGAGACAGCAAGGAGAAAGGUGGUGUUGUAUAGUUACAUGGAAAGUGAUAUUUUGGUUGAUGACGUGAUCUUGGGUAUUCCAGACGACGAGGGAUACACGGAACUCUCUCCCAGCCAUUCGACUGACAGCGGAUACAGUGUAAUGACCAGUCCCUGCUACUCUGUGUCCAGUGAGGAAGACGGCGACAUUUCUAUGAAGAACGAGGAAAUGUCUCUGUUCCCAGACGCCUUAGACAAAGAAAUUGCUGGAUAUCUGUCCAGUGAUAAUUCUAACAAUUCUGUCGAUAUCCUUUCAAUAGCUAAGCGUGAACUGAUUACACCCGAUUGUGACUUUAUUUCCGAGCAGGAAAAUGUUCCCAAUGCUGCCAUAACUGUGAAAUCCAUUCCUCCUUUUGAAGCACCAAAAAGGGAAACACGGAGUUCCAAAAAAGGUAAAAUGAAAGCUCUCGCAGAAAACAACGCGAAUCAAAGGACUGUCCACAACGCAACAGGAAAGAGGGGACAGGACUCGCUCACCAUAAAACUUCCACCAAUCAAACGAACUGUCCAAAACUCCACAGAAAAAAAGGCACAGGACAUGGACAACACACGACUUCCACCAGUCAAAGUAAUUAAAGUCAUUAAAACCCCAGCAAAUACUUCUCCUCAAGAAACACAGGACCAGAUUUAUGAAGCAAUGGAAGAAAGGAAUCGAAAAAAUGCAGUCCAGGCCAAAAUAAAUCGUGAAAAGAAGAAGGCUUACAUCAAGAGCUUAGAAGAUGAAGUAGAAGAAUUAAAAUCUGAGAACAAGACAUUAUCAGAGAAUUGUGACAAACUACAGAUAUCACACAAAGUGAUGGAAGAAGAACUAGAUUACCUGAGAAGUGUUCUGGCCAAUCAAAGUGCUCUCUCAAACUUGCUUCAGAACAUUCCUAAUGUAAAAAAUGUAGAACUUUCCUCUUCAUUCUCAAGAAAGAGGCAAUCCAUUGAUAAAGACCAUGACUAUCCUACAAAUAAGCGACCAAAGUUGGUAUCAGGCGGAGUGUGCCUUCAUGUUCAUCAGGAUAAAGUGUCUCUGGAAUUCUGUGCUAAAUGUUCAAGUGCUGCUGCCCAACAUGGAGAAAAUGUGUGAAACCUUGUGAUGUGUCACAGUCAGUGUGAAUGAGCAACUUGCCCAAAAGUGCAUAAAUCUACCAUGGGAUGGCCAGUCCCUAUUAUGGUGGUAUAAUGUAUCAAAAUUUGGCCCAAAUCCCAGCUGCAUAACAAGGUUUUUAAAAUGGUAACUUAAAUUUUUUUUUAUUUCACUGUUCACUUUGUUAUGCUUAGCUAGAAUUGGGCCACACAUUAACAUGAUCAAGGUUUCUGUAAAUAUUGGUAACAUUGACAGAAAAAAAGAACUAAAAAAAGAACCUCUGACUAUAUUGCAGAUCAGACAAGAACUUCCCAAGUGGAACAAAAAACAUAAUAACUUUGAUUUAGUUGUUUAUCAUGUUUAUUGUUUAUUUUGUUUUAUGACAAGACUUGAACAAUUACUAAUGAUUUACAAGUUUCUUUACAGAACAGUUUGGAUUUGCACAUCCCAUCCAAGCUGAGAUCUGAAGUCGCCAUCCAAUAGAUGUCUUACCAAAUUUGAGAGAAAUCGGAAUCGUCCUGAAAGAGUAACGGGCCCCACGAACUUCCUCUGUAAAGGCUGGGUAGUAUAAUGUAAACAGGUAGUAGUAGGUCACAGGUACGGUAUGGGAGGUCAACCUAGGGUUAAAGGGCAUAGGGGUAUAUUGAAAAAGAUGUCACUGAAAAAUGCUGUCUAAUGAAUACUUUUCAUUUUUGAAUGAAUGUAAUAUGUUGCCAUUAUAUUUUUCAUUUUUAUUGGAACAAUAAGGAUGUGUUCUGUAUUUAUUACACAAAGUGUAAUUUAUAAAUAUUGCUUCAUACUUCAUUUUACUUGUUUGUAUGCAUGCUCUACAUGUUAAGGGAAAAUAAAUGAGUUCUUAUGAUUAUUUCUUUGUUGUCUAUGCAUUAACAAGCUAUCUUUUCAGUUUACCAUUGACUGGUGAGGCAGAAUGAUGAUACAGUGAUUAAUGGCAGCUCUGAGAUGAAAUGUGACAUGCUGUUGAAAAUAUUCCAUUAAAAAAUAAAAGCUAUGUCGGGAUAAA